GAGGGCCGACAGCAUGUCAUGGUCAACAUCGUCGCCGGGUAUGGCCAUCAGCCGUAUUCCGGAGGGCGUGGAAGCCAAUGGUGACAUAAAGCCGGCAUCAGGUCAAAGGAAGAAGGUGGUGGUUGUUGGCUUGGGAAUGGUCGGUAUAGCUUUUGUGGAGAAGCUGCUGAAACUUGAUGCUAAGAGGAGAGAAUACGACGUUGUGGUUAUCGGCGAAGAGCCUCAUCUCGCAUACAACCGCGUCGGAUUGACAAGCUUCUUUCAGCACAGGCAAGUCGAGUCGCUUUACCUCAACCCGGAAUCCUGGUAUAAAGGCCAUGCACCAGACUCUUUCAGCUACCACUUGAAUACUCUGGUCACCGAAAUCAAGCCGGCGGAGAAAGUUGUCGUAACGGCUCAGGGCGACACCAUACAUUACGACAUUUUAGUGCUGGCCACAGGGUCCGACGCCGUCCUCCCCCGACAUACUCCCGGCCAUGAUGCCAAGGGAGUAUUCGUGUACAGAACUAUUGAGGAUCUCCAGAAACUCAUCGCAUUCUCUGCAACCGUCAAGGGCACGACAGGAUGCGUUGUGGGUGGCGGGCUUCUCGGCCUUGAAGCGGCAAAAGCCAUGAUGGAUCUGGAGGAAUUCAAGCAGGUCAAACUCAUUGAAAGAAACAGAUGGGUGCUGUCGCGGCAGCUAGACGGAGACGCUGGUGGUAUGGUCGUCGAGCUUGUCCGCAGCCUCGGACUCGACGUCAUGCUUAGCAAGAGGGUUGGAAAAAUCUUGACCAAUGAAGACAACGCUGUGAGGGGUCUCGUCUUCGAGGAUGGUGAGGAGAUGGAGUGCUCUUGCAUCAUGUUUGCAAUUGGCAUCAAAGCAAGGGAUGAGUUAGCCAGGGCAGCGGGACUGAAAUGCGCCGAUCGAGGGGGAGGUGUCGUAAUCGAUAACGACCUCAGGACAAGCGACCCUAGCAUCUACGCCAUCGGCGAAUGUGCAAGUUGGGAGAACCAGACGUUUGGUCUUAUUGCACCAGGCGUUGAGCAAGCCGAUGUUCUGUCAUUCAAUCUAACCCAAGCCAAGGUCCACAGCCCUCGGACAUUCAAACGACCAGAUUUGAGCACGAAAUUGAAGCUGCUGGGCGUAGAAGUUGCCAGUUUCGGAGAUUUCUUCGCGGACAGAGAUGGACCAAAGGACCUUCCCAAAAGGCACGUCAAGCGGGAAGAGAGGAAAGGUACCGAAGGUCAAGACAAAGUCAAGAAUCUCACUGAGGGCCCACCGCCCCCAGCCGUCAAAGCUCUCACCUACAGAGAUCCCUUUGCAGCCGUGUACAAGAAAUAUCUGUUCACCUUGGACGGCAAGUAUCUGCUGGGAGGGAUGAUGAUCGGCGACACAAGAGAUUAUGUCAAAUUGGUGCCUAUGGUCAAGAACAAGAAGCAACUGGAAGUGCCUCCAUCUCAAUUCAUCAUCGGCGCAUCAAAGGACGGUGAAGAGAACGCCGACGACCUGGCCGACGACACACAAAUCUGCUCUUGCCACAACGUGACCAAAGGCGACGUCGCCAGUGUGGUCAAGGACGGUUCCUGCAAAUCGAUUGGCGACGUUAAGUCGUGCACCAAGGCCGGCACGGGUUGUGGUGGUUGUAUGCCUCUGGUUCAGUCUAUAUUCAACAAGACGAUGAAGGAGAUGGGUCAAGAAGUGUUGAACCAUCUUUGUCCUCACUUCAAAUACUCGCGAGCUGACCUCUACAACAUUGUUUACGUCAAGAAAUUGAAAGACUUCGGCGCGGUCAUGAGAGACAGCGGCACCGAUCCCAACAGUCUCGGAUGUGAAGUCUGCAAGCCCGCCGUUGCGUCGAUUCUCUCCGGCAUGUUCAAUAAGCACGUUAUGGAAAGGCCACUCCAUGGACUCCAGGACACGAACGACAGGUACCUCGGAAACAUUCAGCGCAACGGUACAUUCUCUGUCAUUCCCCGCGUGGCUGGUGGCGAGAUCAGUCCCGAUAAGCUCAUCGUCAUUGGCCAAGUUGCGAAGAAGUACGGCCUCUAUACUAAGAUCACUGGUGGCCAACGCAUUGACAUGUUCGGUGCAAAGAAGCAGGAUCUGCUUGACAUCUGGUCGGAGCUGGUGGCCGGAGGACUCGAAUCAGGCCAUGCCUAUGCCAAAUCUCUACGCACUGUCAAGUCCUGUGUGGGUACGACGUGGUGCCGCUUCGGCAUCGGAGACUCUGUUGGCCUCGCCAUCCGGCUCGAAGAAAGGUACAAGUCUAUUCGAGCUCCACACAAGAUAAAAGGAGGUGUCUCCGGAUGCGUCCGCGAAUGUGCCGAAGCCCAGAACAAAGAUUUCGGCUGCAUUGCCACGGAGAAAGGGUUCAACAUCUUCGUCGGCGGUAAUGGCGGAGCGACGCCGAGACACUCGGAAAUCCUGGCCAAAGAUGUGCCUCCCGACGAUGUCAUCCCCAUCCUUGACCGAUACUUGAUGUUCUACAUCCGAACAGCCGAUAAGCUGCAGAGAACGGCUAGAUGGGUAGAAAACCUGCCCGGUGGCAUCCAGUAUCUGCGCGAGGUCGUUUUAGAGGACAAGCUCGGUAUCUGCGCGGAGCUUGAGAAGCAAAUGCAAGAGCUUGUCGGCACCUUCUUCUGCGAGUGGACCGAGGUGCUGAACGACCCCGAGAAGCGCAAGGCGUUCCAGCAAUUCGCAAACACGGCAGAUAACAGAGAGCCUGCGGUGGAAAAGGUCGAGGAGCGAGGCCAAUUCAGACCCGCGUACUGGGCGAAGGAUUCAGUGCACGAAGACUUCAAGGGGACUCGGUGGACCAGCCUGACAUGGCAACCCAUCGUCGAAGCGAGCAAGUUCCAAGACCUGGACACGGGCUCGUCACAGACCGUCAUACGCGGCGACACGCAACUCGCGGUCUUCAAACUGAAGGGCAAGUACUACGCCAGUCAGCAAAUGUGCCCUCACCGCCGCACGUUUGGCCUCUCCGACGGCCUCGUGGGCGAAGUCACCUCGCCCGACUGCAAGGACAGCAAAUUCUACGUCAGCUGCCCCUACCACAAGCGGAACUUCCAGCUGAACGGUGAAAUCGAGUUUGACAAGAAGGAUGCCGGCGCCGGCUCGUGCUCCAACGACGCCAGCAUGUCCAUUGCCACGUUCCCAGCUGAGGAGCGGGAGGACGGUUGGGUGUACCUCAAGCUGCCACCCGUGCAAGAGAUGGACAAUGUGCUGGGAACGAGCAAGUGGACCGUGAAGCAGGACGAGGCACCCAAUCCGUUUGCCAGUCUUGACAAGAAGCUCGGGUACAACAAAGGUCUGCGGCCGCAAAAGACCGUGGGCGCCAUGCCUGGAACGGGAAACGUUCGAGCCGGGCGAGAAAUCCGGGUGGCGGCGCAGCGGAGGAUUGACUGGUAACUGAGUUGCUCGUUAGUAAUAGAGCAAUAGACGGUGC